AUGGAUCGGAAUAACGAAAAGACACAUUUUCUAAGCAACACAAAGCCAGUAACAUUGUCACCAUCAUGGGAGGCCCAAAAACUACCAGAGGAUGAUUUAAAUUUCAAAGGUAUAGACAAGGAGAAGUUACCACUAAAACCACCGCUGGAUAAAUGGCGUUUGGUCUUCAUCAUUUUCAUGCUGCAUGGUUUGGGUACCCUUAUGCCCUGGAACAUGUUCAUCACUGCCAAGAGCUAUUUCGAAGACUUUAAACUGGCUCCGGUAGAUGGCAAUGGCACCACAAUCUAUGCCAGCAGUUUUAUGCAGUACAUUGGCUUCGCUUCGCAAAUUCCAAAUUUGAUUUUCAACUGGUUGAACAUCUUUGUGCAGCUGGGCGGAGAUUUAACCAAGCGUAUUGUGUACAGUAUCCUGUUUGAAUUGCUGAUAUUCAUUGUUACCGUUCUGUUGGCCAUUCUGGACUCGACAAAUUGGCAGGCAGCAUUCUUUUGGAUUACAAUGAUCAGUGUGGUGCUGCUAAAUAUGGCCAAUGGUAUUUAUCAGAAUACCAUAUACGGUAUGGCAGCCACAUUGCCUAUUAAGUAUACGGGUGCUGUUGUGUUGGGCUCAAACAUAAGUGGUCUGUUUGCUUCGGUGGUUUCGAUAUGCAGUACCUACAUAUUUUCCUCGCAUCGGACCUCGGCCAUUUACUAUUUCAUCACGGCUAUGUUGGUGCUUUUGAUAUGCUUCGAUACAUAUUUUGCAUUGCCGUUGAAUAAGUUCUAUCGUUAUCACACCAUGCUCAGGCGUAAGGAGGAGAAACCAUUGACAAAUCAACAAGCCGUAACUAAAGUGCCUUACUGGACGGUUUUCAAGCAAGCAUCACCUCAAAUGUUCAAUAUAUUCUUUACGUUCUUUAUUACCCUGUCAGUUUUCCCGGCCGUACAUUCGGACAUUAAGGCGGUGGCUCCGGAUUUUGUUAUUUCACCGGACUUGUUUGCCUCCAUCACAUGUUUCUUGACAUUUAAUCUUUUUGCCAUGUUGGGCAGUUUAACUACCUCCUGGAUUCAAUGGCCUAAACCAAGAUUCCUAUGUGUUCCCGUUAUAUUGCGUGUCGUUUUCAUUCCUCUCUUUUUGUUGUGUAACUAUUUGCCCAAGGGUGUGGAUCGUACCAUCCCAGUGCUAAUUACAAAUGAAUGGGUCUAUUGGAUCAUUGCCAUUGUAAUGUCUUACAGUUCGGGUUAUCUCAGCUCAUUGGGCAUGAUGUAUGCUCCACAAACGGUCCAACCAAAAUACCAGAUUACAGCUGGUAUGUUUGCUGCUGCUAUGUUAAUUACUGGUAUAUUUUCGGGUAUUCUAUUUUCGUUUAUUAUGCCUACAUUGGUGGCACUGUAA